GUAAUAACACCAUUGUUACUGUAGAUGGCAGCAGCCGACUCGAAUGAAGUGACUGAAAGACGCAGAGGAAGAAAAUAGUCUCGCUUAAAGACCCCGAACAACAACAAAAACCUGGGUUCAUCGGUUUGGAAACGCAAAGUUAUUGCUGCUUAGUUAAUGGGAGCAUAUAUAAUCAUUUAAAAAAAAUGUUCAAUGAAAACUCUUCUGCGAAUGAAGCCGGUGAAGUCGCUUGUGGAGACGGAGAAGAGGACGUGCCCGUCUGUGAAUCAAAGGAGCGGGGCUUUAAUGCUGCUCAUGAGACCCCCUCUGCCAGGUUUCUGCGGGCUGAACUGGAGCUGAACGCUCACCUCCGUGGCCUCCGCUUCAGCGACCCUGUCCGGUACAUCUACAACCCGCUGGAGUACGCCUGGGACACCCACCGCUGCUAUGUGGAGAAGUACUGUCAGGCCGGACAAAAGAUCCUGUUUUUGGGGAUGAAUCCCGGACCUUUCGGAAUGGCUCAGACAGGGGUCCCGUUUGGUGAGGUGAAGUCAGUUGUCGACUGGCUGAAGAUCACGGGGGAGGUCGGCCGCCCACAAAAUGAGCACCCAAAGAGACGAAUCACGGGGCUCUCCUGCACUCAGAGCGAAGUGAGCGGCGCUCGUUUUUGGGGCUUCUUCAGAAAAUUGUGCGGUGACCCGGCUGUCUUCUUCCAGCACUGCUUUGUGCACAACUUGUGCCCGUUAAUCUUCAUGAGCGACAGCGGGAAGAAUUUAACACCCCCUGAGCUGCCCGCAGCUGAACGGGAGGCCCUGCUGCGCCUGUGUGACAUUGCACUGUGCCAGGUGGUGGAGGCACUGAACGUUUCCAUGGUGGUUGGUGUAGGAAAGGUGGCAGAGCAGCGGGCGCGGCGGGCUCUGUCUGCUGCAGGUGUCAACGUGCGUGUUGAGGGCAUCAUGCAUCCAUCGCCCAGGAACCCACUGGCUAAUAAGGGCUGGGAGGAUGUAGCUAAAGCCAAACUGCAGGAACUUGGUGUUCUAUCCCUUCUAAUUAAAACUUGCGCCAAUCAGUCAUGAUAAUUCUUUUCACUCCAACACCAGAUGAGGAUGUGUGGCAUUCCUGUGUAUCUUUCAGUUCACAGAUGGUUUGGUGCACUGUUGAGAAGGGCACACUCACUUACCUCUUCAUGGCUCCAUCUGUGUGUCCAAACACAUGCUGGUAGCUCCAAGGAGAACCUGUAACACUACUGCUUUUCCACAUCUGUUACCACAAAUGCUGUAAACACAUCUGCUCUGCAACUGCAUUACUUCAAGACGAGACUCCUGCUGUGAUCAGAGGCUGCAACAUGGCUUUAAAAUAUGGAGCCAGAAAUAUUUCUACACUAAUGACUGUACGGUGCUUUGAGUAAAGCCUUAGCUCAGGGUGUAUGUGUAUAUCCAAUAUUGUAUUUUUCUUUGUGUGUAUAACAAGCGCUACGUCUACAACUGAACCCUACAAUUAAAGUUCAUGUGGCCUUAUAUUAAUCAGCUAAUUAAGAUGUGACCUAUGAAUUUCCUAUAAAAGGACAGUGUUGAUGUGUUAAUAUCAAUGAGGGUCACAAAAUUAGAUCGGAAUAGAAAAGACCUAAAUUUAGUGAAAGUCAAAAUAAAUUUAGCUGGCUACACAGACAGCUUUUUUCAUGUUGCACAAAAUAUAUAUUCAUACAGUGAUAAUUACAUGGGCAGAAUCAAUCUGUGGUGCUCUUUAUGACAUGUUUUAUAGCUCUAUUUUAAAUUUUCAUUUAGCUUGGUAAUGUAUUUUAUGGGUCUGCACACUGAAUUUUCAGUUUCAGUUUUGUUUUUAUUUUACUAUUUUUUUUUUUUAAAUUUUAUUUUACCUUGAAAUAAAUACUGGCUGAUCAAAUCUCAUGCUGCAAACAUGAAGUUAUACUGACAGUUAAGGCAUAUGUUUAGCUGGGAACAGGUUGUUGAAACAUAUGCCAGUUGUAAAAGUAAUCUGUCAUUAACUGAAAUACUGAGUUAAUGAAAAUUCUCUGCUUUUAUGGCCACAGAGAAAUAUAGAGGAAAACUGGGAAAACCCAGGUAUAAAUCAUAAAAAGAAUGAUUGUUGAAAGCACUAUUAUCAGUAUGACCACACUGACAUGUAAAAUAUAGCUCUGAAAAAAAACUUGCAUAUGCAGCAAUCAGAUGCCCUAAACCUAAAUUUGUUAACAAAUGCAACUCUCUUGGCUUUGUGCUGAAGCUACACUGCCAUCAAGUGUUCAGAGUGGGAACAUGAUUCUUACACAAUCACAGGGGGAAAAAAGGUACAUGAUAUUAGAUUUGCUUAAAAAAACAAACUUGGAUACGAUGUGUGUUUAUCACUGGUUCGGGAUUAUCAGAUCAGAUUAAAAUAAGUGCAGAAUAUCCUCAUUUUCCAUAUUAAAAACAAAACAAAAAAAAGAAUCUCUUUGCUGUGAUACUGCCGGUUUUAUGCCUCUCACUGGUUUCUGGCUGGUGGGUGCGCUGAAGUUGUUAUUAACAUAAAUGUGAAGCUCUGAUGAUUUCCUCACCCCCACCCGUGCCACUACUGAGAACUGCAAUCAGCAGUAACACCAGGCAGAGGAUCUUGUGUCCUGUGAUUGUAAUGGGAGUUGAAGUCCACAGCUCCACCG